CUUAAAGUUUGCUACUCCGUCACAAACGUAGCCGAUGCAUGCGCGCUUGCCGAAAGGGAUUCGGAUUUGAAGAACAGAUGUAUGUAUAGGCCUACAGGGAAUUCUCUAAUCUAUAAUUUAAAAGCACAGGAUACAUAUCCUCCUUGCGAAAGAGAGGAAGAGGGAAACGGAAUUGCUGUCCCUCCAACUUUCCUCGACACUAUGGGACCUUGUUAAUGGAACACUCGGAAGCCCUGUAUGGUGUAGGAGAAGUGGCCCACCAUUCGUUCUCCACAAAAUGUCUAGUCAUUGAAAGGAAUCGUGUCAGUUUUAAAACUUUGUUAUUCUUAGAUAGGCCUAGUUCCCAGAGGAUUUAAAUACAUUGAAUGAAAUGGCUGAUGACAAUGAUCCACUCGGAGCCACAGAAUGUAUUAAAGAUAGGCUUUACUUUGCCUCUCUCAGAAGCAAACCGAAAAGUACGCCAAAUACCCACUAUUUCACCACCGAUGAUGAAUUUGUUUAUGAGAACUUUUAUGCAGAUUUUGGUCCUCUGAAUCUUGCUAUGUUAUACAGAUUCUGCUGUAAAUUGAACAAAAAACUUAAGUCCUUCACACUGUCUAGAAAAAGGGUGAUGUAUUACACUAGCUAUGAUCAACGAAAACGAGCCAACGCUGCUUUCUUAAUCGGUGCCUAUGCGGUAAUCUACUUAAAAAGAACUCCUGAGGAGGCCUACAGAGCUCUUAUCUCUGGAACUAAUGUGUCAUACCUGCCCUUCAGAGAUGCUGCAUUUGGAAACUGCACAUAUAACCUGUCUAUUCUUGACUGUUUACAAGGAAUCCGCAAGGCACUGCAGCAUGGGUUCUUCAACUUCGAGACAUUUGAUGUUGAAGAGUACGAACACUAUGAGCGUGUGGAGAACGGGGACUUCAACUGGAUUGUGCCAGGCAAGCUUCUGGCCUUCAGUGGCCCACACCCAAAGAGUAAAAUAGAGAAUGGUUACCCUCUUCAUGCUCCAGAGGCCUAUUUCCCAUACUUCAGGCAGCACAAUGUGACCGACGUAGUGCGACUCAACAGGAAGAUCUACGAGGGCCGACGCUUCACUGAUGCUGGCUUCCAGCACCAUGAUCUGUUCUUUGUGGACGGCUCCACUCCCAGCGACCUCAUCCUGCGACGCUUCCUGCACAUUUGUGAGAGUUCAGAGGGUGCCGUGGCGGUACAUUGCAAGGCGGGCCUUGGCAGAACAGGCACUCUGAUUGCUUGUUAUCUGAUGAAACACUACCGUUUCACAGCAGCGGAGGCCAUUUCCUGGAUACGGAUCUGCAGGCCUGGCUCAAUCAUUGGGCCACAGCAGAACUUUCUUGAAGACAAGCAGCACAGUCUGUGGGUGCAAGGGGACAUGUAUCGCUCCAAGCAGCGUCAGCAGCAACUGCGUCAGCGGCAGCAGCAGGAUCGAGACAUAGCCCGCCUCAUCUCCAGCAUGGACGACGUGUCCAUCAACACCAGUGUCUUCAAGUCCCAGAGCAUGGAAGAGAAUGACUUCAGGCUGGAUGGUCUGGGUCUGACUCAGGGAGAUAAACUCAGGGCCUUAAAAGCUCGACGCCAUUCUAGAUCUGCCACUACUGAAGCACUGAGUGGAAUAAACCCAGCACAGAGCUCCAUUUCUCCCCCCAAAGCGCCGAAAGCCUCCACCAAUGCUUUCACCUCCUCGUCCUCCUCUCCAAGACGGCUCACUCGCAGUCCCUCAUCCUCAGCUGGAAAUCUUAAAAGCUUAAACCCCAGAUUAGCCCGAUCACUUGGCAACCUCUAUGGGGUUGACAACAUGGCUGAGAAUGCAGAUGAUGACCCACCCACACCCUUUGCCUCCACCUCCUCCUCCCCCUCCUGCUCCUUAGCGGCAUCUUCAUCCUCCCUCUCUCCAUCCUUGGGUUUGGGGUUUGGCUACUCCCCCGGUGACCCUCGUCUCCCACCCACCCCAAACUACCACCAGGAGGCCAGCAACAAGCCCGGUGACCGCCCCGUGAGGCCCAGGGUUCCGGCCUUUGCCGUGGGCCCCAGAGGUCCAGCUGGACCCCGCAGAGCCCUGGUCCGGUCUGGGCUCACGGGCCGGCACCUGAGCCGAUCUAUCCCUUCCCUUCAGUCUGAAUAUGUUCACUACUAAAGCUGUAGUGUUGCGCUGACAAACACUACAUGAGCCCUGAGGAAAUCUUUUGCACAGUGAAGACUGAAGAUCACUACAUCCCCUGGACACAGAAUCGGCUGAGUGCAAAACUAAAGUAUUUUCCAACUCCUGAAAAAAACAUCAUCAUCACCAUCAACAACAACAACAACAACAAAAACGGGGGUAUCAGGGGAUACAAAACACCCUUUUUGUAUGUUAUAUCCUUGAACUGUACAUAAAUGGAUUUUCUAUGGAUUGUAUUAUAGCUAGAUCACCAAAUAAGUUGUUAUUUAGUUUUGUGCUCAUAAUGUGAUUGUGUUAUGUUAUUCAAUUUAAUUAAAUA